CGGAGCGGCCCUCGGCGGUCUCUUCUGCAAAUGGGCUCCGUGGCCUAGUGUCCCCGUCCCCGCCACCUGUGGUCGCGCGCCGAGACCCGCGAGGGGUCGCCGCCGAGGUUUCCCGCAGCCCACAGGCGCCGGCAUGGCGGCCAUCCCCUCCAGCGGCUCGCUCGUGGCCACCCACGACUACUACCGGCGCCGCCUGGGCUCCACGUCCAGUAACAGCUCCUGCGGAAGUGCGGAGUGCGCUGGGGAAGCCAUCCCUCACCCCCCCGGUCUCCCCAAGGCCGACCCGGGCCACUGGUGGGCAAGCUUCUUCUUCGGGAAGUCCACCGUCCCGUUCAUGGCUACAGUGUUGGAGUCCCCAGAACGCUCGGAACCUCCCCAGGCCUCCAGCGGCACCAUCACCAGCGACCCAGCUCUGGAAGCCGUGAGGAAGCAGCCUGGUGGCCGGCCUGGCAAAGCCAACGUGGGGCCGCCAUCCUGAGGGCCGAGGCCGGGCUGGGGGAGGUGCUGCGCUCAUCAGAGCCCCUCCUCCCGCUCCCCCCUUCCCAUAGACCAGGCCGGGGGUUCUACAUCAAAAUAGCAAAACACCAAAAAGGAAGUUGAGAGAGUCCCACUCUUCACUGUCCAAGCCACAUGCGAACCUUCCACACGCCCUGGAACCCUGUGCCUCACACCAAGUGGAAAAUAAACUCCCAAGCAGCCAGU